CAGCGCUUCAGUGGAGAACGUGAGGGGAGAACGCGCGACACUGGCUGACGACUGCACGCAGGGAGCUGCUGCUCAGAAAGAGGGGGGCAGAAGCCGAAUGGUGGAGCUGAAGAUGGCGGAUGGUGACAGUGGGAGUGAGCGCGGUGGAAGUAGCGGAGGAGGAGGAGGCGGCUUCCAGCACUUUCAGCGGGACCAGGAGACCCAGGAGCUGGCGUCUAAGCGCCUCGACAUUCAGAACAAGCGCUUCUAUUUGGAUGUCAAACAGAACAGUAAAGGCAGGUUCAUUAAAAUCGCCGAGGUAGGGGCCGGGGGCUCCAAAAGUCGCUUGACCCUCUCGCUGUCAGUUGCGGCGGAGUUCCGUGACUACCUCGGGGAUUUCAUCGAGCACUACGCCCAGCUGGGGCCUAGCACUCCGGAGCAAAUAGCCCAGGCCACCUCGGGUGAAGAUGGUGGGCCGAGGCGAGCUCUAAAGAGCGAGUUUCUUGUCCGGGAAAACCGCAAGUACUACCUGGACUUGAAGGAGAACCAGCGGGGUAGGUUCCUGCGGAUCCGGCAGACCGUAAACCGCGGACCUGGCUUUGGGGUCGGGGGGCCCGUGGGUGGCAUGCUGGCCGGCCAGACCAUUGCCCUUCCGGCGCAAGGGCUAAUAGAGUUCAGAGACGCCCUGGCUAAGCUCAUAGAUGAUUACGGGGGAGACGACGAGGAGCUGACAGGGGGCACGGCCGCGGGGGGCUACAGCGAGCUCCCGGAGGGCACCUCCAUCAUGGUGGACUCUAAGCGGUUCUUUUUCGACGUCGGCUCCAACAAAUACGGAGUGUUCCUGCGCGUGAGCGAGGUGAAGCCCAGCUACAGGAACUCUAUCACCAUCCCGUUCAAAGCCUGGGGCAAGUUCGGAGGAGCCUUCUGCAGGUACGCCGAGGAGAUGAAGGAGAUCCAGGAGCGGCAGAGGGACAAGAUGUACGAGAGGAGAGAGGAGUCCGAGGGGGACGACGUGGAUGACGACUGAGCAGGAGAAUCACAGCAGCUGUUAGUCCAAGCCACACGGCAGAUGUGCGACAUUAGGGGUAUUUUUUAUUAAAGAAGAAAAAAAAAAAAAGCAGAAGCGACAGAUAAAAGUGCAUGACAAAUCGUGCUGUAAUAGCCUACUAAAAAGUAUUGUGGCGUAAAAAGUACAUGUGCAGGGACUUAUUGGUAUAUUAUCUCAAAAAGGUUUGCAGGGUUAAAGGUUGGAGUGGUUGUGUGAUUCUCUGAAAGUGGAAAAAAAUGUGCAAAUGAGAUAUUUCUCAUUGGUUUUAAAAAAAAAAGGAUGAAAUAUGCUUUUAUGUUUAAAAAAAGAGGAGA